CUAGAAGCAAUUACUAUUGGAUAGAUAAAAGGUGUGAUGCCCCUGUUACACAUAUGUCAAAUGUUGAUAAGAAGGAGCAAAUGAUUGCAGAGAAGGAAGAAUCACAACAACUGUAAAGCCCGGGAAUCCAUGGCAUAAGCGAAACGGACCUCAAACACACAAAUCAAAUGCACAGGAUUGCUGCAAUGAGUCCGAAUCCAAUUUUUCAUUCCAUUCCAUCACAGUAAAAUUGACGCCACCAUCUCUGCUACCAAAUUGUCUCACUCAUAAAGGUACUUACCAGUACAAGGUAAUUACCACCGUUUUCGACAAAACAAGAAAAAAGGUUGUAAAUCAAACACGACACAACAGAGCCAAGGGUCACAUUCAAUACCUUGGCUUUUUCUCGGACAGACUUGCUACGUUCGAGCGUUUUUACCAACAGACACAACUCUCAUAGUAUUUCUGCCAUACCUGCCAAAUCUACCUUCCUGCUCCUCUCUCACUGAGCCCAAAGCUUGAAACUUUGCAGGCUUUUCUCUGACCUAGUUGCCGGAAGUCGCGGUUACCGGUGAAAUGGAGGUGGAGAGUGAAAAAUCAGGGUCUGUUGGGAAGGUUUGGAGUUUUUGUAGAAAGCCAUUUUGGCAAACAACUCACACUCCAUCUUCUUCUUCUUCAUCUUCCACAUCUUACAACAUGCACAAUGCUCACCAGAAUAAUCUUCAAUCUGUUGAUAGAUCCGGUCAGCAUUCUUCGACCACGGUCUCAUCAGUGGCAAAGUCUUUGCUCCCUACAAAGAGGAGGCUCCGUCUUGAUCCUACCAAUAAGCUUUACUUUCCAUAUGAACCUGGUAAGCAAGUUAGGAGUGCAAUCGCAAUCGAAAACACUUGCAAGUCUCAUGUAGCUUUCAAGUUUCAAACAACAGCACCCAAGAGUUGUUAUAUGCGUCCUCCAGGUGGUGUUCUUGCCCCUGGUGAAAGUAUAAUUGCCACCGUAUUCAAGUUUGUGGAGCCACCAGAGAGCAAUGAGAAACCAAUUGAACAAAAAAGCAAGGUUAAGUUUAAAAUCAUGAGCCUAAAAGUGCAAGGUGAAAUCGAUUAUGUGCCUGAACUGUUUGAAGAGCAAAGAGAUCAAGUGGCAAUAGAGCAAAUUCUACGGGUUAUUUUUGUGGACCUUGAACGGCCUAGUCCUGUACUGGAUAAGCUGAAACGGAUGUUGGCUGAGGCUGAUGCUGCACUUGAAGUGCGAAAGAAACCACCGGAGGAGAAAGGUCCUCAAGUAGCCGGAGAAGGCCUUGUUAUAGAUGAAUGGAAAGAAAGAAGAGAAAGAUACUUGGCCCAACAGCAGGUCCAAGGUGUUGAUUCAGUGUAAAGUGUUUCUCUCCUCCUUUUCUUGGGUCAAGCAGCCCUUAAUGUUCUUUGAUUGUAUACUCUGAAAUUGAAUUCCAGACUCUCUGAUCUGAUAUGUCAUACGUGGUUGAAGCGCCUAGAAAAUUGCUAUAAAGCAAUAAUGAAAUCCUUUCUUUUUCUUUGUCAACAAUGUCUAUGUUGUCAUGUGCGAGUGAAUACUUAAUUUUACUUUUACAUCAUCUAUAAUUUUAGCUUGUUUGUUU